AUGAAAUUCUUCGGGGGAAUCCUAAUUAUUGGUUUGAGCAUUUUCUGCUUGAUGGGCGAACUGGCGGCCCAUGGCAUGAUGUUAAGUCCUGCCGGAAGAUCUUCACGCUGGCGUUACGAUUCUUCAGCUCCAACAAAUUACGAUGAUAAUGCGCUAUACUGUGGUGGCUUAUGGAAACAAACCGAAAAUGGUGGCAAUUGUGGUCUUUGCGGCGACGAUUGGAGCUUGGAGCAGCCACGACCCAAUGAGUUGGGUGGAAAAUAUGGCAGUGGUGUGAUAGUAAAAAGCUAUACCGGGGUUACUGAGGCGGAAAUUAAUGUCAAGAUCACAGCCAAUCAUCUGGGUUACUUCCGUUUUCACAUCUGCAACCUGGAUGAAAAUGGCAGCGAGUCGGAGAACUGCUUCGAUCAGUAUCCUCUGAAAUUUGACGACGGAAGUCUAAAAUACAAUAUCAACUCCACCACUGGCGACAUUCCAGUAACCGUUCAACUGCCCACCGAUCUCAACUGCAUCCACUGCGUUCUGCGCUGGACCUACACUGCAGGAAAUAAUUGGGGAGUUUGUGAGGACGGGUCGGGUGCCAUGGGCUGUGGUGCCCAGGAAACCUUUAUAAACUGCGCUGAUAUCAGUGUUCUUUCCUCUGCCAGAAGUAUUUUACACGAACUGCCAGUUGAGGUGGCCGAAUCGGUUUAA